GAGGAAUACGGUGCAACCAUGUCAAACAGAAAGGUUGCAGUGGCUUCACUUGAAAGUAGACUUGAUUCUCUGGGAGACUCUGCUGGUGAUGAUUUCAUCAGGGCAUUUCUACUGUAUACAUUUGGCACUUUGCUUUUUCAGAGUUCAAAUGGAAAAGUAGAUUCCCGCUAUUUAUCCCUUCUUCGAAAUUUGGACGAGGUUGAUCAAUUUGCCUGGGGUGCUGCUGUCAUCGAAGAUUUAUCUAAGUGGUUGGACAAGAGGAAAGAAAAUAAUGUGCAAUAUGUGGGUGGUUGUCUCGUGUUUCUUCAAACAUGGUCUUAUGAGCAUUUUAACAUAGGCCGGCCUGGUAUACAAGAACACGAUUUGGCCUUUCCUCGUUUGUGUCGAUGGCAUAAUAGUAAAUCCAAUCAAAGACCUUGGUUUGCUUCAAGGUUUAAGGAUUUGCAAGAUGACCAGGUAAUUUGGACGCUCCAACCAACUCCUCAAGAGUUGGAAGUAGACAUAAUCAAAGAGGCGUUAGAGUUACAAGAUGACUCUAAGGAGCUUCAAAGCGGGCCAAACUGUUCAACAAGUACAUCAAUCAGCGUUCCUGAUGUAGAUUCAGAGCUACAAGACAGUACUUCUAAAUCUCAUGAAUUGCAAAAAGAGCCGGAGGUCAAUUUUGAUAACGAAAUAGUGGAAGACAGUCCCACAGAGUUGGGCACAUGUGGUAGAGUUCGUAGAGAGGAGGCGUAUUUUGAAAACCAAAUAGUGGAGGACACUCCCACGGAGUUGAACGCAUUUGAUAAAAUUCAUAGAGAGGAGUCGAAUUUUGAAAACCAAAUAGUGGAGGACACUCCCACAAAGUUGAAUACAUGUGAUAGAGUUCAUGGAGAGGUCAAUUUUGAAAACUUGAUAGUGGAGGAUACCCCCACAGAGAGCAGCACAUGUGAUGAAGCUCACAGAGAGGUCAAAAACCUAACAGAAGAGGUUAGCCCCACAAAAAGCAUUUGUGAUCAAGUAUGCAGUGAGCAAGAGGUCAACCUUGAAAAACUCAUUGUGGAGGACACUCCGACAAAGUUGCGCAUUUGUGAUGAUGAUUUGAGGGAGAGGGCUGUCAUGUCGGAAGCCAAAUAUGCUGGAUUGAAGGAGGAAAUGAGCCGAUUAAGGGAGGAAAAUAGACUUCUUCAGAGGCAGGUUUCUCUAAAUUCACAAUUUGAAGCACAGAACGCUGAUUUGAAGAAAGAGCUGGACAUCUUAAGGGAAGAAAACCUACGUUUAAGACUCUUGAUAAAUAAUUACGUGAUCCGAAUGGACAGACACAUUCUGUCUGCAGAAACAAGGGACACUGAAUAAAC